AGGUGUACGAUGAAGAUUUUGUGAGACGUGUCGCUGUCAUGGUACUACUUGGUGCCUCAUCCUGCUGUAGCAUUGCUAUGCUUACUAUGGCUUAUGUGACAAGACUUCGAAUGGCGAAGCCACUUCAACGGUGCUGAACCCAUGUGCCGUGUUUGUGUUUUCCUUCAGACCAACUGAGCAGUUUCCACCAUGUUGGCCCUACUGAGACCUACUUGGAGGCCAUUGGCACGAGCAUUUUCACGUACUCCUGCCACUGCCAAGGCCCUUAUAGUUAAAAAUCAGGAAGAAUUCCUCAACAAAGUGAUGCACAGUGACCUGCCAGUCAUCGUAAACUUUCACGCAGAAUGGUGUGAGCCGUGCAAGAUACUCUCACCACGCCUCAAGGAACUGGUUGAACCCCUCGAGGACAUAGUACUUGCAGUUGUUGAUGUCGAAAACAAUGUAGAUCUUGUGCACACUUUUGAGGUGAAGGCUGUACCAGCAGUAAUUGCCAUCAGAAAUGGAAUAGUGGUGGACAAAUUUAUCGGACUAGUAGACGGUGAGAUGAUAGACAAGUUGAUUGCUGAAUUAUCCCGAGGAGCCAAGCCUGAAUCUGACGGUAGUGACAGCAAGCAGUGAUCACCUGUGAUACGCAGUGCCGAGGUUACUUUGAAGUUUGGACGUCAUGCUUGUUGGAAUCAUAGAAUAUGGCUUCUUGUAAGCAUUACUCAGAUCUGUAGUGUAUUUGACAAUGGAGGCAUAUUUAAUGCCAUAAUUGUUUGCAUACCAGAAAAUGCUCGUGUGGGCAUAUUUGUUAGCAUAUAGUUUCACUUUAUGGUGCAGUGUCUUUUUCUUGUGUGUAGAAUGUUUGACAAGUCCUAUUUAUUAAAUAAUGAAUAAUGAUUAGUCACUGUGUACUUCAAGAUACAGGGAACUGAUUAUAAACAAUUUACUCCUCUCUAAUAUUGUGUGUGUUUUCUAAAACUAGUAGUUGUAGCCAUAGUCACAGUAAUACCAGUAGAUACUAAUUUUGUGAGGUCCUGCUUACAAUAGAUUUACAGAGAUGUGCACGGGUAUAAGUAACACUGACCCCAAGUAGUAAUUAUCUGAGAAACGUCUGCAUUUGUUGUUUCACAACACAGAGCAAGCAGAUGUAUGAUGCAGCAUCUUGAGAAGAGUGCUUACAAACAGAAGGAAAAGUAUAAAUCUUUGAACUUUUGAAACUAAUGCUUCUUAUAGAGUUGUGGAACGGCAGUGGAAAAGAAGAAAAGACUGUUAUACAAUAGACACAUUUCGUAUGGUCAGUAAAGGCACAAGAGAAAGACAAUAAACAUUGCUCACCUGUUUUGUUGCCUUACUUUGGGCUAUAAAAAACAACCAGUUUCUCUAUCCACAGAAAGUCAUGUAUUGCAUUAUAAGUACCCAGAUUGCAUAUAGUGGUGGUAUGUCAUUGUUCUUAUUUUCACUCAAAGAUUUAUAUUAGAACUUGUGUUGUGAAAACGUUGUGCACUCUAUAGAAAGGACAAUGGCACUGGUAAUGUGUAGGACUGAUCUUGAGUGAGUGGAAUAUGUUGAAAUACGAGACUGCUUAUGCUGUGACGAGUGCCAAAGGUAUUAUGUUGUGCAUAUGCUUGGAGCUACAGUGACUGCAUAGGAUCAUAGAAACGUUGUACACCUCAGAAAUUUGCUCUUGUGUUUUCUGUGAGUGAGCUUCUCACUUCCUCACUUGAAAUCUCUUUCCCCAUGUACUUAAGUGUUCUCCCCUCCCCCCUUCUCUCUCUCUCUCUCUCUCUCUCUCUCUCUCUCUCUCUCUCUCUCUCUCUCUCUCUCUCUUAUCACGCCUGUGUGAGAAGUAGCAACAUCCACACUGCUUAUAAAUUAAUCAUCUUUUGUGUGUCAUUUUCACCUUCCAAAGUGAGCUCAGAUAUCUCUUUUUGUAAUUUCUGCUUUCUCUGGGUUUUUUUCCAACCCAUGCCAGAUCGUUAUGUAUAUAUUGUUAUUCGAUACUAGUCUUUUGACCCCAAAAAUGUUGUACCUGCCAUACUGCAAGUAUCAUUGCUGGGGAAUUUCCAUUGUCACUACGUAAAUUGUAUUGAUCUUUAUGAAUAACAGCAGUGCAGCUAUUUACAGUUGCUUCUCAGUGCAGCUACAACUGUUAUUUCAAGACUGCUGUGUUGCUUUUCAACACAGAGCAGGUUAAACACAAAAGACUGAUGUACCUCCAGCCAUAUUAUUUAAAGACACGUACACAUUUUUCUGCACAAUGCAGAAAUUCAACAGAAAGAAGAGAGAGUUGUGUUGAGUAAUAAUAGUGCUAGAUAGAAAAAAAUAGAGAAGACGAUGGGAGCAGUUUGUGGUUCAAUGAUGUGCUCCCAGCAACUUUGAAAUGGCAUCGUAACUUUUUCAGACAAUUGUAGAGGAUGUAGUUCAUACAAAUAUUACAGAUUAUUUUAUUAAACUUCUACAAGAAUAGUGUUUUUUUUUAUGAAGAAAUCCACAGAACUUCAAUUGAAGUAAGCCUUUCUAUAGGAAUACUUUGGUUAACAUGUAACUAGCCAACCUAUUUCACACAGGUUAAUGGCUCCACACAAGUGGUUGUUAGUUGAGCCUCAUUUCUAUUCCUCUUCUUCUAUUAUUGAUAAGUCCCGUAAUAUUUGCAGGAGACAUCCUACUGGUAACAUUAAAAUUACACAAUUGAGUGCUGGGCUGGAUAACAUAAUUUCCAUUCCAGUAGUAACAGCAUUGUUAGUGAGAAAUCUUCCAGACACAUAAAACUUUAUUGAUGUUCCUGUAAAAUAUUUGUUAUCUUUGGGCAGCUUGAAGCUAUGAACAAACUCAUUGUAGUGUUACGACAAGUUCAAAUUGCAUAAUUGGCCUGUUUACAAAGUUCAGUGGUUUUUCUUAAAAGUAUGAUAAUUUCUUAAAAUGAUUAUAACCAUUUUCAUCAGCAUUUUGAUAACUAUGACAGUUAUAGAGGAAGUACAUGAUGCUCUCUGCUUCCCACACUUGAUGUUCCCGUGUUCUAAACAGAUACAUCUUUGACAGCAACUCAAAUCUCAGUUUUUGCCAGACUGCUACAAUGUAAUUUAGUGAGUAACGCCUUUCUUAUUCAUUACAGUAUUGUAAUGUGAUUAGCAUUGUGUUCAUAUAUAACAACCAUUAUUUGAAAUUACAUAAAACUAAAAAUCUUGGUUAUCAGAAGGUGCUAAAUGAACAUUGUGAUGUAAUAAUGCAAGUAUACUAUUUCAAACAGAGGUAUCAAAAUAUGUUUCAGUGCUAGAACAAUGUAAUUAUUGUGUUUUUUAGUAAAUGUGUAGUUUCUGAACAUCUGUACUGAUUGUACCACUAUGUAAACAAAAAUAUGGUAAUGUGUCUUUGUAAUAGCUACUUAAACUAGAACAAAAUUAUUUAUUUGCAGAAUGUGUGAUAGAAAUAGAUUGUACUGCAUUAUAUACAUAAGUUCUUGUGAUUUCAAGACAAACAUAUUUGUAUUUUCAGUGUGUGAUGUGCUAGCAUAAUAUCUGCAACAUUAAAAAAAAAAAAAAAAGAAAAAAAACAUGAAAAAUAUUAAAAUAUUUAUUAGUAGUCUAUAAUGAAUGCACAAUAAUUAUAUGUCUCCAUUCACCAUAUUUCUGGUUACUGCAACAGCCCUGUAAUGUAUGAAUCUCUUUUGUUGAUACACAUAAAGCACAUUGACACUGUUUUAGUUCUGUUGCUGUUGUAUUUGGGAUACAUGGGUUAGGUUCAGGUGCAUAUGGUGAGCAUGGUAGAAGAUGCUAAAAUAUGUGUGACUUAAUUUAGCAGGGCGUUGUUCUAGUACAAAAUGUAUUCAUAGCGGUCCGUGAAAGCUGAUCACUUUCUUGGACUGUAGUUCAUCAGAUUAUUCAGUGAAUGGUGUAUUCUACACAAGUGAACAAAGCCUGACUCAUUACAAGCCACUGCAGUAUCAGCAGAUGGAGACAAAAUGUUAUGUGAGAGUAAACUUCAUUUUACUGUGUAUGCUGCUGCAUUCCAUAGCCUGUGAGCAAUCGUGUAUCUUUUGCCAUUCUGAUGGGGAAAAAAUGUUUCUUAGAAGAUAUAUAUUCCAUCAUUCAGUCGAGUUGGCAAAUCUGUUCUCCAGCUUAUAUUAAAAACACAUGAGGUGUGAAGGACAGCAGUCAUAAUCUUGUUUGCUGUCAGCAUUGCACAUGCAGACUGUGAGAUAUUGUUUGCAAUUUGUGUGGGUUUGAUUGCUGGCAUUGGUCUUUUAAGUAUACUCCAUUUAUUGACACCUGUGCAACACUUGUGUGUAAUGUACAUCCUCUUAAUGCUUCUCAUGGUGCUGGGUGGAAUCUAGGCAAUAAGGCCAUCACUCACAGCAUUUGACCAAAGAUAACAAUAUUGGCCUUUAGUUUGGUGCAAGAAAAUUGAAUUGUCAACAUAGGAAAUACGAGGCCUAUUCGAUAAGUAAUGGCUGUGCUGUAAAAAUAUACAUAUUCAUUAGAAAACUUUUAUUGGCCGUUUUACCUUCUUACAAGUUUACUUCCCUAUUGCACGUAAUUACCGCUCACUUCUCAGCACAUUUCUUAAUGUAGCAGCACCCUCUCCAACCCUUCUGGACAUAAAUUCUCCACUUGGGAUUUGAACCUGUUAACAGCAUCGUACAGUUCCCUUUAUCUCCAAACUGAUUCUGCAUAUCUGUCUCUCAUCAUCCGUGAUAAUGUGGAAAUACAAGCAAUCUCCAUCUUGUUGAUAGUGCACCAGAAAUGCUCACCCAGUUGAAAUUCUUUAAUCUUUGUGCUAGUCAGUAAACAAUUGUGGUAGUCACCUUGCACAUAGUUUGUAAUAUACGAGGUUUUCUGUGACCAUUGUGUGAAUAUCGGUCAGUCCAACAUGGAAAAAAUUCAUCAGGCAGUGCACUAAUUGUUGGGAAGAUUGUAAUUUUUGGCCCACAUGUUGCAGCAUUUCAUUGGUGUAGAUACUGCUCCUGCAACUGUAAAGGCAAAUGCUCUACCAUGACCUGUCCUCACAGCUUUAAUUCCGACAGUACCUCAUCUCCUACCUUCCAAACUUCAGAGAAGCUCGUCUGCAUACCUUGCAGAAUUAGCACUCCUGGAAGAAAGGAUAUUGCGGAGACAUGGCUUAGCCACAGCCAGGGGGAUGGUAGAGCACUUGCCCGUGAAAGGCAAAGGUCCCGAGUUCGAGUCUCACUCUGGCACAGUUUUAAUCUGCCAGGAAGUUUCAUUCAACAAAUGGCUUCAUUCAUCUUUGUUCUGAGUAGCUAACAUUUAAAUAUAAGGAAAAUGCCACUAUGUUUCAAACACACCUUUUGCUCUGUUACACACACACACACACACACACACACACACACACACACACACACAACAAAUGCACUGGAAAAUUCUAUUGUAUAUGUACCAUAUCCAAGUUUGGUAGAAAUCUAAGAAUCUACAGGCAUUAUAACAAAGUCUCAACAUUGUGGCAGAAAGCUCCCAGCAAAGGAUGCUGUACCGACAUGGCUCAGAUGUUAACUGCCUCUCUAAUGACCUCGCCAUCAGUUGGAGAUUCAGCCCCAAAAUCCCUCUAAGUGAACUUGCUCAAUCUUUGUCGCCCACUUCCAAAGUCAUCCAGACAGUAGUUGAUAUUGAUCUACCUUACCCAUACCACACGAGUUUGUUUACAGUAUUGCCACUUCAUAUACCAGAUCCUGCACUGCCAUUCAGCAGCAUUACAUCUCAAAUAACAGACAUCUAGUAUGCCACAUUUGUACCUGCACUUCUGCAGUUUUACUGCUUGUCCCAAGUCACAUGCAACUACUAUUGACAGCAGCUACAGUCACAAGGAGUUCCUGUACUACUUGCUGUAUUGCAGUUUCCAGUGCUUGCAUUGUUAAGAUGUGAAUUGUCCCAUAAAGAUUGCAAGAAUUUAUGUACUCAACCAUUGCUUUGUUCACCCUACAAUCAUAAAAAAACAGCUUCAAAAACUUCAAGCCAGUAGGAAGCAUCAUUUAAAGAACCACAACAAUAAUUAUGUGGUGCAUCAAGCAGUAUGCCACAUAUUUCUUUGAAAUUGUAAGUAAUGUACCAUUCUACACUAAUGUUGGAGCAAUAUGACAAUAAUGAAGUUUCUUUGUUGACUAUACAUUUAGCUCAUUGAGAGAAUAAGAAAUGCAACACAAGAGCCUUAUGUCUUCUGAUAAUUUAUUGUGUAACUUCUAAUCAAAGUACAUGAUUUCACAAAUUUAAUUUCUUUAUACCUGAGUGUGUUCAAUGCUUUAAAAUCCUUUCAUCUCCAGUGCAUUAUUUAUUGCCAAUUUUGAAGUUUUUGACUUCCUUUAAUAAAACUGAAAUAGAUUUGUA